UCAUUGUCUGCAGAGACGUCCGCAGCGAGGAUCAUUGGGGGUCAGGAGGUCAGCCCCUACUCUAUCAAAUAUCAGGUAUCCCUGCAGGAUGAUAAGGGGAAACAUUACUGUGGAGGAACCUUAGUGAAGCCUCAGUGGGUGGUGUCUGCUGCCCACUGCUGGAUACCGAGCAACUUGAUGAAGGUGGUGGUAAGUGAACACGACCUGAACAAAGACGAGGGUUUUGAACAGGUCCUUAGUGUCGAAAGGACAUUUGUCCACAACUACAACUACAAGACAUUCAACAAUGACAUCAUGCUCAUCAAGCUGAGUGAGCCGGUGCAGCUGAACGCCAACGUCCAGCCGGCUGAGCUGCCCGAUGAAGACACCCCUCCACUGACCAAUGAUGUCUGCACAGUGAGCGGCUGGGGUGUGACGCAGAUUUUCAGCUACUACCUCUCCCCUGUGCUGCGUGCUGUGGACGUAAGAAUAAUGAAUUACUGCAGCUAUUACUACUGGGGGAGAAUCACUCCAAACAUGCUGUGUGCUGGAUCUCCGAUGGGCGGAAAAGACUCCUGCCAGGGUGACUCCGGUGGUCCCCUUAUGUGCAACGGCCGUCUUGAGGGCAUCGUCUCGUGGGGUAUCAGCUGUGCCAACCCGUACUUCCCUGGAGUCUACACCAAAGUGAGGAACUACGUCUCGUGGAUCAACUGGGUUAUCGAAAGGAACACACCAUGA